AUGACUGGUACAAGUGGGCAAGUACCAGGUUGUACAUGUCAUAACUAUGAUGAUCGACCUGUUAGUUUUACUUAUAAUUUUAGUCCUGAUUAUUCUCAUCAUGGCAAUUGUCCUGGUCCCGAUGAUUUUCUUCCUGGUGAUUAUCGUUGUUAUGAUGAUUUUCCUUCUGCUCCUGAUCAUCGUGAUUGUUGGAAUUUUUGUUGCAAGGAUAAUAUGUCCAAUACGUUUUCAAACUUACAAAUCUUAAUAUUAACAAGUUGGAAACGUGGAACAUUAUUAUUAAUUCAUGAUAAAAUUCAAGAACUAUUAAAUUCAGUAACAAUAUCAACUGAAGAUUUUCUUUAG